ACCUUUUCGGAUUCAUUUUCUUUUUUCAUUAGUUAUAUAUUUUUAUAGGCCGAAAUCUACGCUUGUUUUGAUAACUGUUAGGACUAUCUAUGUUUCUAACUAUAUCAGUCCAUUUUCCUAACCUUCCCACCUUAAUUUGUUUUAGCACCAAUGACGCACCAACGACGUUCACACGUCUAUUAAUAAAUAUGAUUGAUCAAAGAAGAAGAGCAAUCAAUCAAUCAAGGUCUUGAAAUUGGGAAAGGCUCAAUCUUGUUGAUAAUUUAUUAUGUUUCCUCAUCUCAAUCUUCCCAAACGCUUCAGUUUUACAGCUUCAAUAGACUGGUUUUGCCGCCAUUUUUUUGGCAAUGCAGGUCUUCGAUCUGUUAUAACUGAUAUAGGUGAUGGUGAUGCUACCAACAUGCAUUGUUGGGUACCUAAGAUUCACAAAGCAUUCAAACCCAACCUCAUUUUGAUUCAUGGGUUUGGAGCCAAUGCAAUGUGGCAGUACGGUGAGCAUAUUCGCCAUUUCACCGCUCGUUUUAAUGUCUACGUGCCCGAUCUUGUUUUCUUUGGUGACUCUUACACAUGCAGCCAAGAACGAAAUGAGUCGUUCCAGGCUGCUUGUGUAGUUAAGUUGAUGCACGCCCAUAGAGUUGGAAAGGCAAGCAUUGUUGGGAUUAGCUAUGGCGGGUUUGUAGGGUAUAACAUGGCAGUGCAAUGUCCGCAGAUGGUAGAAAAAUUGGUGUUAUGUUGUACUGGAAUUUGCUUAGAGGAGAAAGAUUUGGAUAAUGGAUUAUUUAAUGUUUCCACUGUAGAGGAAGCUUCAAGCAUUUUGCUACCGCAAACACCUCAAAAACUUAAGGAACUAAUGCGAUAUUCAUUCGUCAAGCCAGCUACGGCAAUCCCCUCCUUUUUCCUCACUGAUUUCAUUAAUAUAAUGUGUACGAACUAUGUAGAAGAAAAGAGAGAGAUGAUCGAGGCAAUAUUGAUGAACCGAAAGCUAUCCAAUCUCCCCAAGAUCACACAUCCCACAUUAAUAAUAUGGGGAGAGCAAGAUCAAAUCUUUCCUUUGGAACUAGGGUACAGACUAAAAAGACAUAUAGGGAAACACGGUCAACUAGUGAUUAUUAAGAAGGCUGGACAUGCUGUCAACCUGGAACAACCCAAGGAGUUUAUAAAGCAUUUAAAAUCGUUUCUUUAUGAAUUUUGGUCUUCUCCGCCGUCGCCAACAUGGAAGGAUCACUUUCACUUUCAUAUUGAUAGAGUAUACUAA